CAUGUCUCACAGAAUAAUAAUAAUACUACUAAUCAAGUAUAGGAAAUUAUCAUAACAUUAGACAUUUAGACAUAAUAUUAUAUUCAUGGAAAUGACCAGACUUCAAAAACAGUAAACACGUCAUAAAAUUAUUGCUCAUCAAUCAUCAUUAACCUUAUCAAAUCUUAUCACUUGGUAUUUGGCAACGUUCAAUUCUUAAAAAUAACAAAACAAUGUGAAUUUAUUUUGCCCUCGAAUCUCAAAUCCUCUAGUCAGUUAAUUUAUUUAUUUGUAAACUACAGUUUUUCUUUAUGAUUACUAAACAUUUUGCACAAGAUUGAAUUUGGUAGAAAAAACAUGACUCACAAUCUGACAGACGUUGAAAAUAUUAUACUAACGCCAGAAAAGAGGAUUCAACAAUUGUCGAUGUUAAGUUCAAACAUCGAGUUGAACACAAACAUUGCAGCUAGAAAGUUCGAUUUUCCCAUAUUUUUUAAAAAUAAAAAUAAUACCGCAAUAUACAGCAUAGAACAAUAAUUGUACUCUAUUGCAGGUAUUAUCGUUCUGGUCGAGAGAUGAUCAAUAUGGCUGAUGUGUAUUUGAAAGAAAACAAUUUGGAACAGGCGUAUAUUCUUUAUAUGCGAUUUAUGACGUAAGAUUUUAAAAUUUACAUUAUAAAUCUAAUAUACAUGAUAUCAAAUAGUUUUAUUUGAUUAAAGUAGAUAUUCUGCAUACAAUACAUAUAGGAUAAUUUUAAAUUUAUAAUAAUAAUGAUAGUAAACUCAAGAUUUAAAUGUAUAAUUGGUUAGUAUAGAUGACAUAUUAUAGAUAUCCUACACUGUCUAAGUACAUCUGACAUAUUCAGUGUUUCAAAUUUAUUGGACAAUAUUUUGUAGUUUUAGUAAUCUGACCAUACUAUAAUCUAGUUUCAUACUUUAUUAUAAUUAAUAAAAUUGAUAAAGUCAACUGGCAAUUAUUAUUAUAAAACACUUGUCAUAAUCCCACAUUUAGUUGUUUACUGAUGAUGUGUAUUGUGUUAAAAAAAAAAAAUUUUUUUAAAAAAUUAUAAUAAAAUCUCAUUCGUGUUUAAUAAAAAUAACGUACAAUUAACUACAAUAUGUCAUUUAAAUCAUUUCUAAUCAAUAAUAAUGAUAAAAAGUAAGAUAUAAAAUUUAGAUUUUGUAACAUGGGUAGGCUUAUAUUUUGAGUGGGUCAUAACUUGUACAAUUAUUGAAAGCAUUCAUAAUUCAUAAACCAUAUUUUAAAAACAAUUUUUAGUGGAGCUCAGAUUCUAAAUUUUAUUGCAUACUUAGAUAGCUUACUUUUCCAAAUUUAUUGAAAUACUAGUGUAAUUUAAAUGCCUCUUUAAAUAUCAGGUACACAUUUACAUUUUUGUAUUAGACAUAUGUUAGAAGUGUAAUUUAUUUCUUAUAAUAUAGAUUGUUUACAGACUAUUUGGUAUAAGCGCUGUAAACCAAAAUAUUCAGGAGAGCCCAAAAAUCAUUUAUACUUCAUUUAUUUGGUUCUAAAUUAAUGUACUAUAAUUUUUUUAUGUAUCUUUACCUAGUGUUAAAUAUUACAUUACUGCUAUUUGUAGAAAUUGUUUUAUUUCUUUUAAAUUUUACUUAAAUCUUAUCACAUCUAUUUGUAAAUAAUCUAAAAUAAAAAAAAACACUUAUGCCAAACUACUAAGUUGGAUCUUAUAAGUCACUUACAACUUAAAAAUGAUUUUAAAACAACAAAGUAUGAAAUCCAAUAAUGUUACUAGUUAAAAACGUGGAGAAAUGUAUACAGCUGUGUAUACAUUUAUGGUCAAAAAGACCAUAACAAAAGAUAUUUUACACUGAGGUUGAAAAAUGUUUUUAAAAAAGAGUUUUUAACAAACAAUUUUUAAAGCUACAUUAUUAUCUUUUAUAAAUUAUUAAGUACAUCAAACAGUCUGAAAAGGGAAAGUAAAGAUUUAUUAUAAACAAAUUCUAUAUUUCUAUAUUUCAAUGCUAAACAAAUCUUAGAUUAUUUCUUAAUCUUUUAAUUUCUUCUGAUUACCUACCUAUAUAAUUUAUUAAUCUACCUAUGAAUAUAUAUAGUUGCUGGAUUUAUUUAAAAAUAAUUAUUUUCAUAUUUAUUGCUUAAAAUAUAUUUAUGUAAGUGCUUGUAUGUUUUUAGAUUAUUUUUGGAAACUAUUAAUGAACAUCCAGAUUAUAAAAAUGUACCAAUUGAAGAACGUAAUAUAAAUUAUAGAGCACUCCGCGAUGUUCUGCCUAAAACGGAAAAAAUAAAAACUAAGCUUUUAGAACAAUACACUACAGAAUAUAUGCUAUAUCAAGAACAAAAAGUAAAUACUUUAAAAUGGUCUAUUUCAUUUUUACAUCAUUAUAAGAUUUAUUCAGAGUAUGAUAAAGAUAGAAACAAAUAUGAAAAUAGGUAUAGUGCAAGUGGUAUAUUUUGAAAGGGUGUUCAAACCUUGGCAAAAUUUGACCAAUUUAUUUUACUCACAAAUUCAGAGUUUAGUUUGAAUUACAUCAAAAUAAAUAGUCCAAUAUUAAAUUUUAUACUUAAUUGCAUUUUUUUUUUUAUUACCUAGGUCGAGUAUAAACCUACGUAAAUCCUACACCCUAGCUAACAUAACCAUGUCCAUUCAUAGAUCUUUUAUUAGAAGUUAUUGAUAAUUAUUUAUAUAUACUGCUUAGAUGUGUGACCUAUGUACUUAAAACUAAAUAUUAUAUAUUGACAUGUUGUACCAAUAUAUGUUAUGUUAACUAUUAUUAUGUCUAUAGGCACUAGAAACAUUUAAGGAGAAACAUGAUAAAGAAACAUUAUUAAAAGAAAAGGGCAAUACGUCACCAUCUGGCUUUACCAAUAGUGUAACCGAAGAACGUUUGAACACAAUAUUAGAUAGUGCUGCACCACCAGAAUUAAAUGAUGAUUAUUUCAAAAGUAAUCCUACAACAUUUGUCUUAAGGUUAGAUUGAUUUAAAUAAUAAUGAAUUACUUAUUGGAAUAAUAUUAAACUUCUUUGAAAGUAAUGAAGCUUGUAAGUUAAAUUUAACUUCAAUAAAGCUUAUGAUGUAUGAAUAACAAUAUAAUAAACAGUUGAUAGAUCAAUGAAAAACAAUUUGUUAACAAUUGUUUUCAGACCACAAAAUCAUAACUUGAUUAGUUUUACUGAAUCAGAUGAUCAUAACAUAUUUUCAAAUAUACCAUCACAUUCAAAUUCACAAAUACAAUUCAAUCAGUAAGUAUUCAAUUGUCAAUUGUGUAUUGUCUAUUAAAAUUUUCUUUUAAUUAUGUUUUUAGAGAUAAACCUAUUGUUGAUAGAAGUACCAAACCAAUAAAAAAGAGUCCUACAGGUCCAUAUAAUCUCCGGCAAAUUAUAGUUCCAGGCAAUUUAACUAAACGAUUUUUAGACCAAGCACAACGGAAUACAAUAAAUAACCUAGAAACUUGUGGUAUAUUGGCAGGAAAAUUGGUAAUUUAUUUUUAUGAAAAACGUUGAUUAGUAGGGAACAUCAUUAGUUGACUUAUAAUAUUUUUUAACAAUAUGAUAAAUCAGUAGUGUAUCCAACUUCUUCGCCUCGUGACCUUAAUUAUGGACAAAAAAAAAAAAAAAAAAUGAAUUUGUAAAAUUUUAAAUAUUUUUCAUUAGACUAUGUAAAUAUGAGUGAACUUCCCUACCAUAAGUCAAUUCUGGAUGUAUUCUUGAGAUAAAUAACAAAUUUUAUAAAUUUGUUUAGGUGUUAGUUGGAUUUAGUUCGGUUUUAAGCAGAAAAAGAAAUAUAUAUAAAAUUGUUUAGUGAUGAAAAAAAAAUUAUUUUUAUCCAAAUUUUUUUUUUUUCUAAACAUUGGAGCAGAUUCAGAGCAUUAAUGCCCAGAAAAAAACAUUGUAUUGUUAUUAUUAUUAUUUUCAUUGUUUUCUAACGUUUGUAAAUCCGUGUUUUAUUCAUGUACAAGAAAUACAUGUCGUAUAUUCAUUUAUAAUAAUAUUUUAUAAAUUAUUUUUUUAUAGACCUAUCUAUUUAAUAUUAACAUACAUAUUUAUUGUAAUUUUUAUUAGAGCUCUAACUGUCUAAUUAUUACACAUUUGAUGAUUCCAAAACAAAGUGGUACAUCAGAUUCGUGCACAACAAUGAACGAAGAGCAAAUAUUUGAAUUUCAAGACAAACAAAACUUGAUUACCUUAGGAUGGAUACACGUAAGACUGAGGCCGUCUACACACGGAGCUAUUCAUUAGAAACUAAUUACUGACGCAAAUCACUAAUCAGUUCGCUUUGACUCACAAAAUCUAUUAUUCAAUGAAACAACAGAUGGCGAUAUUGGUUACUAAUUAGUUACUAACGUGUUAGUGAUCAGUUCCAAGUGAUUCAAUUGUCGAGUCACUUCCAAGUUGCAUCAAGUACUCACGUCGAAUUAUGUGAAUUUUCAAAAUUUUAUUUUUCCUAAUUUUCUUCUAUUAAGAAAAAUAAAAAGAUAAUCAAACAACUAAGAUGAAAUUGGUAGAAGAAGUAAAGAAACAUUUCAUUCUAUACAGUUUUACUAAACAUUUCUUUCGUUUCCAUCUUCAUUUUCUAUUUAUUUUGUUAUGGUAAUAGUAAUAUGCAAUCAUCAUUUCUUCAUCACUGGAAUCAUCCAUGGUGUUGAAAAAUGCUGAUGCAGGUCCUACUUCCAUAACCAAACAGUCAACAGAAUAAACUAGUGAUUUUGAUCACUUUUCAGUAGGCUUGUGUGCAGAUCUCAAUCAUCAAUGCAUAAGUAAUUGAAAAGUUUUUUUAAGUAGUUCCAUGUGUAGAAGGCCUAAGAAGAAAUUAUAGUUGAAAAUUUUAUAUUUAAAAAUAAUAAUAUAUUGUUAAGUAAAUAAUAUUAGGUAAUAUUAAUCAUAUUUGUAUUUAUUUUGAAUAGACUCAUCCUACACAAACCUCAUUUAUGUCCAGUGUAGAUUUACAUACACAGUAUUCAUAUCAAUUAAUGAUGCCAGAAGCUAUUGCAAUAGUUUGUGCUCCCAAAUAUAAUGAGUAAUAUUAAUUAUUUACUUACUAUAUAUUGUGAUAUUUUAUUUUAAUAUAAGGUAUUAAUUUACUCCCAUUAUUUUAGGUCCAAUUUUUUCUUUUUGACUCCUUAUCAUGGCCUACAAGUGAUAGCUGAUUGCAAGUUUUUCAGCGGUUUCCAUACACAUAACACUGAUGGUGAUAUUUAUGCUGUAUGUAUAAAAUAUAGUUUUUAUAAUUUAUUGAUUUAAUAUAAUAGAAUAGAAUUGUGUAAUCGAUAGUAUAAAAUAUAGCAAUAUUUAUUUUUCAUUUUUAUUUAUGAACAUUUUUUAAUUUCUAAAUUCAAACUAAUGUAAACAUGUUGAUUCAUUUUUAAAAUAAAACAUAACUUUAAAAUUUACAAUUUUUAUUUUAGGUUGCUGAACAUUAUUUAUUGGAUGACAACUUGUUGGUUAAUGUAGUGGAUUUUAGAUAAAAAAAAUAUUUCUAUACUAUUUUUAGUAUUUAAACAAAUUCAAAUAGUGAGAAAAAUGAAAGUAUUAUGUUAUUUACCUACUGUUUUAAUUUAUCAAUACAAUAUGAGAUAAUAUUAUUAUAUUAUGAUGUAUACAAUAUUUUUAAUUGCAAAUAAAUGUUAUUAAUUUUGUUAAAAUAAUCACUAAUGGUUCAUCAUGUUUUUUUUUUACAAUACAAUUAAAAUUGUUCUUAUAUUUGCCUAAUAUUGUAUGCACAAACACAUUUGAUAAGCAUUUAUCUAUUAUAUAAAUAUUUCUAUGAUUUUAAGAUUAUUACAUUUUAUAACAAUUUAGUUCAAUGAAUAUUCAUUAUAAAAUAUUACUUUCUUUUGUUUGCAUUACUUUAUUUAUUGAGUUAUUUAUUUCUUUAAUAUUAGUUUGUGAGAUUAAACCACUGUUUAUUGAUAAUUCCUAAAUACAAAACUUGUUAUAAUUAUAAAAAACUUUUACUUUUAAUCAAUUCUUAACUGAAAGGAAUACUAAUAAGUUAAAUCAAGAUAAUAUUUAAAUUCUCAUGUUAUUUAGUAUGUACAAUUCAUUUUUUAAUCUUAUUUUACUGUUUUAUUUUUUGUUUAAAAAGAACUUGUUUUUAUUUUAUUAUAACUUAUAUGUGUGUAAAUAUUGAAUGUUUCUGGAUUAAUAAAUGUAAUUUGUUUAAAUUA